AUGGGGCCCCGGCGCUGGGUGCUCUGCGCCGCGCGCCCAGGAGAGCCACCCGCGGAUGAGCGCAGCGGUCGGACCGCGGCCAAGGGCACUGAGAGCGAAGCCACCCAGCCUGGCACCGUCAAGGCCUUCCUCAUUGACCUCGGCGUGGCUGAGCUGGACCGCUUCGACGACCGCGAGGCGCUCAUCUUCCGUGAGAACACGCUGGCCACCAAGGCCAUCGACGAGUACAUGAAACUGGUGGGGGGCAAGUACCUCCAGGACACACUAGGGGAGGCCGUGGCCCAGCUCUGCACCUCGGAUGACUCCUGCGAGGUCGAUCCCAGCAAAUGCGCCGGCCUCGACCUCUCCGACAACCAGAACAACCUGCGGCAGGUCUGCGAGGAGACCUUCCAGCGCAUCGCCACGUCCUGCGACGCCUUCCCAGCGGAGCUGGGCGAGAUCUUCGCGGCGUGGCAGGAGGAGUGCGCGGCGCGGGGCAAGGAGGCCAUCGGGCAGCGCCUGGUGUCGGCCUCGCUCUUCCUGCGGUUCCUGUGCCCCGCCGUCAUGUCGCCCAGCCUCUUCGGCCUCGUCCAGGAGUACCCCAGCGAGGCCACCGCUCGCACCCUCACCCUGGUGGCCAAGGUCAUCCAGAACCUGGCCAACUUCACCACGUUUGGCGAGAAGGAGGCCUACAUGGGCUUCAUGAAUGGGUUCCUGGAGGACAACUGGAGCGUCAUGAGAACCUUCCUGCAGAGCGUGGCCAACCCCGAGAGCAGCGCCAGCAUGGCCACCUAUGACGGCUACGUGGACCUGGCCCUGGAGCUCGCCACUCUCCACCUCCUGCUCUGUGACAUUUUCUCCAGCCUCGACCAGGCCACGCAGGAGGAGCUGGAGCCACUGCCCACCAUCCUCACGGCCAUCCGGGAUGGCACCCCCGUCCCCGUCUCCGUCCGCCUCAGCUCCACCGUGGAGCGAAG